UAUAUAUUGAAUAAUGAUAAAAAAAAGUAUCAAUUUCUUUUAAAAAUAUGUCAAUUUCUGAGUGUGGCCAGUAGGGCACAUACACAAUGUUUGCUAACAGAAACUUUAUACUGCUAUUAUUAGGUUAACACCUUUAUUUAAAGUGACUUACAACAUUUGAGACACAAUUGAUUCAGUUUCUUUUCCUAUUUGGAGAACAGACAGGUGAAGUAACUUGCUCAUGGUCACACAUUCACUAAAAAUUGAACCCAAAAUCACUGGUUUUGCCUUUCAAAGCCUUAACAAGUACGUCACAUUACCUGAUGCUAAAUACUGAUACUAAAAUCACUUUAAAAAAUGUUAAUAUGCGUGCAUUAAUCCCUUCACUAAAGCAACGGAAUCUGAACUUUAGAUUAGUAUAUUUACAAAAACAAACGAAUAACAAAAACUGCAAUUGUAAUAAAUGGUCCCGGCGAGAAUUCCAGGUGUGCGGGAUCGUUCCUCGCUUCCGUGCCCCUCUGCCCAGACUUGCCUCAUCAUGCGCUUCAAAAGAAGCCAGAAGGCACAGUUGCCAACACUAAGGGGUACUUAACGGAGCCAGGCGUGUGAAAGAGCUGAAAAGAACAGCUCGUUUGUUUAUUUUUCGGGGGAUGUUGUAUCCCACUAUUGUUUGAACAAGAAUUGGUGGUGCUAAAGCUUUCUUACAAAAAAAAAAAAAAAUCGGGUCAUCAAAAACACGUAGGUCACCAGUGGUCACAGCAUCCGCGGUGUAGUCGCAAAGGUGCUGACAGGUGGAGGUACUGUAAGCCAGUCGCGGGCAGGCGGCGAAGCGUAGCGAUGGUGGUUAGCAGGCAGGUGGAUUUCCGGAGUGAUUGACGGGCCGCGCUUACGUCAUCACAAAGGGGGCUGUUCCUCGGUGCGGAGUUCUCAAUAGAGAAAGAGAAACAGAGAGAGAGAGAGAGAAGCAGAAGGGGCUCUUGACUGGCGAAGCUGUGUGAUAACAGUCACGCAUUGGUCCCAGAAUGAGUGAGAGGGAGUAAUAGAGAGAGGCCGGCGACCUACUCUUCGGAGUCGGGCUUCGAAGCCAACCAGCCUCUUUUUGUUUCCAUUGAUAUCCAGCGCUGGCGGAAUGAGCACACUGGAGGGAAUGCUUUUUGCUUUUGCGCGUCCUUGUCAUGCUGUCAAGUGAAGAAGAAUAAUAAGAACACGGCGAAAAAGAGCAAAACAAAACAACGGAAUAUGGGAGAUUACAAAGGAGGAGGAGGAGUAUGUUUUAUUACAGAGGCCCAACACAGGAGGGAUUAACAGCAAUGUCAGUAAGCUGUAAAAGUAUCAUUUGGUGGCAGAUUGAGUGGAGACCUCUGAGUGAAGAGGCAAAUUCACUACUAUCCUCACGUCCUGAAAAGAGAACGGCAGAUAAAAACAUUUUUAAACUGCAUCAACUUUUGACGUAAUUGAAGUUGCAAAUGGUGCUUUGAAAAUGAUGAAGAGGCCUAACUUUGAAAAAAUGGGUAACUCAUGGAAAUUAACAGUUAGAGGCUGAAGAGUCGGGACGGAAAUUUUGCAAUGCAAGUUAUAUUUACAAGGCUGUAUGUUAACUUAAGAAUUUUUGCUGAUGGAAAAUACGACUUCAUAUAAUUGAUUCAUCUUUAGUAUUUAUUUUCUCGACGUUUUGCUAACUUAUUGAAACUAAUACUAGUUUUGAAAUACACAUUAGACGACAAACAGUCCUGAAUUGGCAAUAAAAUGAAAAUGCCUGUUGCCUUUUAAAAAUGGCAGCAAAACGAGAUUAUGUGCCCAACCUCCAUGGAUUUGACCUGGGGAGUCGCUUUAUUGACUUGAAACCUUUGGGAUAUGGGGCCAAUGGACUAGUACUGUCUGCAAUGGACAUAAAGAGUUGUCAAAAGGUUGCAAUAAAGAAGAUUGUCAUCACGGAUUCAUUAAGCAUCAAACACACCCUUCGGGAAGUAAAAAUCAUCCGACGAUUGCAGCAUGAUAAUGUUGUUAAAGUGUUUGAGGUACUGGGUCCACAAGGCAGUGCCUUGUCUCGUGAUGUCUGUAAUCUGACCACAGUUUAUAUUGUUCAGGAGUAUAUGGAGACAGAUCUAUCACGUCUUUUGGAACAAGGGCCCCUGUCAGAAGAGCAUGCUAAGCUAUUUACUUAUCAGCUUCUUCGUGGCCUGAAAUACAUCCACUCUGCUAAUGUUCUGCAUAGAGACUUGAAGCCAGCCAAUAUCUUCAUCAACACUGAAGACCUACUUCUGAAAAUUGGAGAUUUUGGCCUGGCAAGGAUUGUUGAUCCACACUACUCACAUAAAGGCUAUCUGUCUGAAGGACUUGUGACAAAAUGGUAUCGAUCUCCAAGACUACUUCUCUCACCAAACAACUACACCAAAGCCAUUGACAUGUGGGCAGCAGGAUGUAUUUUGGCAGAGAUGCUGACUGGGAGGAUGCUCUUUGCUGGUGCCCAUGAAUUGGAACAGAUGCAGCUUAUACUGGAGACUAUCCCUGUAAUCCGAGAGGAAGACAAGCAAGAGCUUCUUAAGGUGAUGCCAACGUACAUCAAUUCUACAUGGGAAGUGAAAAAACCACUUAAGGACCUGUUACCAGAGGUCAAUGCCGAAGCCAUUGAUUUCCUCAAACAAAUCUUGACUUUUAACCCUAUGGACCGAAUGACAGCUGAGGAGGCUCUGGGACAUCGGUACAUGAGGCAGUACUCUUGUCCAGAAGAUGAGCCAACUUCACAGCACCCUUUUCGAAUUGAAGAUGAAAUCGAUGACAUCUUACUCAUGGAGGCCAGUCAGAGCCAAAUGUCUGCGUGGGAGAGAUACAGUGGCAGGUUUUCUCAAGGGUGUCGUGUUUCCUCCCACAUUCCAAAUACAUUGAGGUUUCAAACAAGCCUAUCAUCUGACCUAGAGUGGCAGCAACGCGAUCGAUGCAUUGAGACGACAAUAGUAACUGAGGUGCAACGUGAUCCUCGAGCUGGCUCGAUGCCUAUCCUAGAAGAAGCACAGGUGGAUCCACGCAAGUACUCCCACAGCAGCUCAGAGCGUUUUCUAGAACAUUCACAUUCUUCAUUGGAACGAGCAGGAACAGGAGACUCUGAUUAUGGGAGAUCUUGUGACUACAAAGUGGGUUCACCUUCCUACCUGGACAAGCUGCUAUGGCGAGAUGGAAAACUUCAUCACUACUCUGAACCCAAGCUUAUUCUGGACCUCUCACACUGGAAGCGCAAUAAUUUUCCAGAGUCGGGUGGCGGAAGUGACAGAAGUGGAAGGAGACAAGGUGGAGGGAUGGUUGAUCAAAGUGAUCACACUUCUGACCUCUUUUCAGAAAUAUCUCGUUGGGUGGAAAGUACCCAGGAUAGAUUUGAAAUCUCUAGUCCUCCACCACUUAUGCCUGCCCCGGAGAUCCAACAUGAAACAGUCCAGACUUCCUCGGACUCUCCCUUCUUGACUUCAUCUGCGGCAACUUCAAAACUUGCUAAUGGGACAGAGGCCGAAUUUGACUUGGAUGUAUUCAUUUCCCGGGCUCUGAAGCUCUGCAGCAAUCCUGAGGAACAUACUGAUAACCGCUUGACAGAUAUAAAUGGCUCUUGCAUCCAAGAACACCCACAAGAACUGGUACCAACUGAUGUCUUCCAGAGAGAGCGAUGGUAGAAAGGUUUUGGGGUGUGUUUGAUUCUUUUGCGGGUGUGUUUGAAAAGAGCCAUUCAAGUCUUGGCUGGUGUCAGUAUGUGUUGAGACAAAGUAUGGCCAAGACAGAUACAGAAUUAGAAGCAGUACAAGCAAGGCACAUUCUGAAAGUGAAUAAAAAAGUUUGAACACAAGAAUUGUAAUGAUAGCAAAAAUAAUAUCCAUUUGUGGAAAAUGACUUAAAAGGUAAUCAUCGUGAUGCUUCAAAAUUCAGGCUGGCCUGUAAAUAGAGCCACUCGGCAAGAUUUAAAAAUUUGCAAGACUAUUCUGAAGUUUAGGAAAUAAACUGUUUAUGAAAUGCUUGCUAGCUCUGAUAUACCCAGUUCUAUUUUCGGGAAUCUUUUACAUUUGUAACAAUAAUUUUAUAAAUUAUGUAAGUGGUUAAAAAAGGAUUUGAGGGCCUUUUACUAUGUGUGUAGUUGAGGAUCACAUGAAGACAGGGCCCCACUACUCUACAUGUACCGCUUGACAUACUGUGAAGGAAGGCAAAUAUACUCAGUAUGGUAAACUUGAAAAGUAGCUGAAUAAAAUAAAAACGCUACCUCCUUUAUGAUGCAACAUAAAAAACAGAUCUGCAGAUACUUUGAGCCAGGGCCGGAGAUGUCCUUUAACUAUCAUGCAGAACAAAAUUUCUUCAGAGUUUUCCUAAGCAGCUUCAUUGUGAAGCUUUUGAUCUUCUUUCAUCAGUUCAGGUACAGUAAAUGAGCUUUUUAUAACCUUUCUGAGCAUGGAUGGUUGAGGAGGUCAUUCCAGAUUUGUUAGACCUUCUUUAGAUGCUGCUUUCAGGAGUGCCAAAGCAUGUACUAAAUGCACCUGCACCAGUAGGCCACACUACAUUUGCUGUCUUUCUUGAUUGAUGUGUUUAUUUAGUUCAUUGCAGGGCUUAUAUGCUUAUUUAUUGGAAGUUCUUGUUCCCAGCACCUGUGGACUUACCGCGUUGAGACAGAAAUUAUUUUCCUGUAGUUGAUACCACAGAAGACUGAAUUACUGGGGAACUGUAGAAAAGACAAGAAAAAUGAAGAUUUGUUUGGUUAAACUGUGACAGUAGGUCAGAGUACAUGGCUUGAUUCUACAGAGAUGCCUUCUUCCACUAGAUCAUCGCAAAAUGAUUGUAUACAAGAACAACUUAGCCACCCGAGGAAGAUACGCUUCCAAGAUGGACUAAGCUUUACUGUGUGUUUUUAUAUAUUCUUCAAAUUUCUCACAAAUUAUUAUAUAUGCCUAACUCCAGACGUGGCAUUGCUGGAAGAAUCUCUGACAUUGUAUACAGGAGAAUUAUAACCAGUAUCCAUUUUAUUAGACAACAUGUGUUAAAGAGCCUUUAAUACAAAAGCUUAUUUCUACCACUCAAAGAAAUUGUUUAUUGCCUUAUCCACCACCCCCCAUUCUAUAGAAGUAUCGUGUUACUUUGCUAAAAUAUUACAUUAUUUUGCAAACGAAUUUCCUUAUUUUGCAAUAAAUAUUGAAUUAUUUCACAAAGAUAUUACCUGGUGUUGUCAGUAACAUCGUGCAAACAAGAAAUGAACAAAUAUUAUAGGUAUACAUUUAAUUCUUCAUAUGCUGAGGGAUAAAUUGAACCCACCCAGUGUAGGGUCACAGAGAGCCAGUAAUCAUCACAGCAGCACUGGGUGUAAGGCAAGAAGCAAAUGCGGUGGUUGGUUCACCUGUCCAUUUGCAGGGCACAACCUUACAGCCAAUCAGAAAAGAGUGUGCUGUGUGCAAUCCAAUAGCAGGAACCUAUAAAUAAAGUGUCAGUUUAGUCUUAAUCCAGCUAUUUAAUAAUAAUAAUUCUUUACAUUUACAUAGCGCAUGUGAGAUGUUACUUAGAGCAGUUGGCAAUAGCUUUGUGAAAUAAGGCAAUAAAUAUUGCAAAGUAAUGAAGUACUUAUUGUAAAAUAACACAAUACUUUUGCAAAACAAUGCAAUAAUAUACUGUGUAUUUUUUAUUGAGAGCCGGGAAUAAGCUUCUGUACCUUACUGCUAUAACACGUUGAUUAUAAAAUUUGUCAUUCUAGUCAGUUUAACUAGUUUAGUUUCUUUAUAAAUUUCCAAUGUUUUAUGUAAUUAAACAGAUGUUUAAAAACUAUUUUUCCUGAUGGACAGGGCUAUAGUUUAACAGUUUGCCAAUUGUGCCAUGUAAGAUUAAAAUUAAUUGAAGUUAAUGUAUAGUAAGGAGAUACAAAUUUCAAAAUAUUUUAAUACCUGAAGUGAACACUCAGGACACAGUUUUGAGCACAUUUGUAAUAGUAUAGUCUGUAUCAAAAAGUGGAUCAAUAAUACAUUGCCAUGGCAAAACAGCUCACAUAACUUAUUGGAUAUGCUAUUUGUUUGUUUCCUUGAACAUUCACUUUUAUUUGUUGUGGUCAUCCAAGGGAACGAAGGGUCGGAAGACAAGAUAAACAUUGGGGUGUCAACUCAUCUUUACCAAUUUACUUGUGAAAUUGAAAAAUAAACAGAGCUCAAUAGCUCAAGUGCUAACAAAAAUGUCACCCUCUGCCAUUGUAACAAAAAAGGUCACUGCAGUGGCUCUGCAGGCGCUCUGCCUCCUCUGUUCCCCAGUCAACCAAUAACACCUCCUUCUGGGCAGUUGGGCUUUUAAAGGUCCUGCGACCAAAAGGGGUGGAGUCAGUUGCCCUCACUGGGCAUUUUGUUCUGCAUUGUGGAGGCAAACAAAGACAUCACAUUUAGCAGCAGUGCCCAUUCUCAGCCCGGGGUGGUAUUACAUACCUGGGAGGAACCACAGUGGUGACCCUCUCAGUCAUGGGUUACACUUUUUCUUUUGUAGCAGAAUUUCACAUUUUACCAAAAUCAUAGCAUAAUGAUUUUGGAUUAGGUGCUUUGGACGUAUAUUUAUAAUAAAUAAGUAGAUUGAGUUUUCAGCCAUUGGGUCCCCAGUUCAAAUCUGUUUGUGGAUGUUUCCUUAAGGAGUCCCAGCUUCCCCUUUCUGUCUGGAGACCUUGUCCUUGUUGUUCAGUCUCUGCAUUUCCAACACCCCAAAUGUUAUAACAAGAGUUUGAAAGUUGAUGCAUUUAAUACAUUUGCUGUUGAAAAACAAAUAAUGAUAGCUUCGUCGAGUGACUGGCACCUCGUCUAUGGCAGCUCCUUACAUUAUGCCCAAUGCUGCCUGUGCUCUGGGUCCAUGCAGCCCUUAAAUUGGAUUAAGCAGGCUUGAAAAUUGGAUACACAGAUAAGUUAAAGUUAAUAGGAGAGUACCUAAUAGAAAAAGAAUCAAACUUUCCCUAAAUAAACUCAUUAAAAAGUUCAAGUGCAUGGUAGCUCAGAGAUUCACACUACUGCUUAAAGGCCCCAGUGGUCUGUGACUCCAGUGCGCUGUCCCUGUCUGUGUGAAGUUGGCACAAUGGCUUUUUCUCCACAAUUCCAAACACAUGCAUGGCACAUUAGCUGAUCAUUUCAGCUGGCCCUGCAUGUGCGAGGAGGGCUGUCAGUGGACUGCCAUCCCACCAGGGUUGGUUCCUACCUUACAGAUGAUAUUACCAGUGGAAGCAGCAGUGGCACUGAUUGGGAUUAAGCAGAAAAAAAUCCUGGAGCUUAUUUUAGUAAUAUUAGUUAUUUUAUUUGUGCAAACUAACAUUUUUUCAUUGAUUAUAUAUUUAAAUGCUUUGAAGAUUUAUGAUUCUUUGCAUUUUAUGGAAAGAUAUUUUGUAGUUCUUAAUAUCAUAGUAUUGUCGCUUGCAUCUCUGCUUCUCUUCAGUAUAAAGGCCAUGUCACACUACAUUCAGACGUUCUGUCCAUCCUUCCAUUAUCUAACCCGCUAUGUUCUAACUACAGG